UAGGCCCUGCGUAUCCGUACCUAUUUCUUCCAAACUCCCGCCGAUUGCCUACAACCCACGCCCCCAAAACAUACGCGCACAGCUUCCCGCAUUGCUGUCAUUCCAGUCACCGAACCUUAACCCCUUCCCACAGACAAUCCGCCUAUCGUCCAUUUACUUCAGUUGUUCACGGCCGCUUUUGCGAUACCUUCCGACGGUUAUAUCAACGUCUCUCUCUCACAUCCGACCACUCCGCUCCGACUCGGACGCUUUUCCCCUUUGUCUGCUCUAGGACCCUUGGAUCCGUGCUUCCGACGCAAGUCUCCUGUUCCCUCGCGGCUCAGCGCUCCUCCACCCGCCGGUUCCGCGACCGCAAAGAUGAAGGCAAUGAAGGGGCUUAGUGUGAACCGGAUGAUGAGUACGCUCAAGAAGAGAACGACGAACAACUUCAGUGGAUCUAGCCAAGUGUCGGCGUCGCCAGCAGACCCGCAGAACGAGACGCCUGAAGCUACAGCUGCCCGUAGCGUGAAACAAUUCUGCGAAUCUGGAGGCCCCAAUGCUCAGGGCGAUGAAGUCCUCUACCUCCCGCCCAUUGUUGAUGCCGCUGAGUCUUCUCCGGCCGCCGCCGCCGAGUGCGCGCGCAUUAUCCGGAAAUACCUAGCCAAGGACAACCACGCCAAAGCCUCGUGGCAGUACAAUGCCAUCAUGCUGAUUCGCAUCCUUACCGACAACCCUGGUCCCACGUUCACGCGCAAUAUGGACAAGAAGUUCGCCGAUACCGUCAAGGAAUUAUACCGUACUACGCACGAUCCCAGUGUCAGACAGAUGCUGUCUGAGACGUUGGAUACCUUUGAGGCUACCAAGUUUGACGACCAGGGCCUGGGCGAGUUGAUCUCCAUGUGGAAGAAGGAGAAGGAAAGAAGCUACAAGCAAUAUGGCAACCCCAGACAGUCCAUGGCGGGUCCCGAUCCUCGUACCAUGAAUGCGCCACCGUUCAACCCCCAUUCGCAGAAUUACUUUGCCAGGAAUCACACCAACCGAAGCUUGCCCACCCCGGCGGAGCUUGCGAGCAGGUUAGAAGAGGCGAGGACAUCUGCGAAACUACUCUCCCAAGUUGUCGUCAACACUCCUCCUCAGGAGGUCAUCAACAAUGACCUAAUCAAGGAGUUUGCCGACAGAUGCCAGAGUGCCUCGAGGAGUAUACAACUGUACAUGACUGCCGAAAACCCGUCUCCCGACAACGAGACUAUGGAGCACCUGAUUGAUACGAACGAGCAACUUCAGUCUGCACUCAAUCAGCACCAGAGAGCUGUUCUCGGCGCUCGAAAGCAGCUCGGAAUUGACCCGCGGUCAGACAAUGCUAGCCCCGUGAGCCCCCAAACGGCCGAGUCUCAGCAAGCAAGCCGAACCCAAGAAUGGGCGCAGACACAGGCGCAGUCAUCAUCUUCUAGCUCAACUCCUCCUCUGCCGACAAGGCCAUCCGAAGGAAGCGGGAAGGGGAAGGCAUCAGAAUCCUUCGCGCCGCCCCCGGGACCGCCUCCGAAAGCCCAACCGCAAUACGGGGCCGAGGACCCAUUCAGGGACCCCCAACCGGAGAACCACUACUCUUCAUCGAGCAGACCCGGAGGAUCCGGUGGUGCGGUGGAACUGCCGGGUGAAGAGCCGCGUCUGGGUCACGAGCCAUUUCACCCAGGCUUCAACCCCACACCAAGCUACCUUGGAAGACAGGACAGCGCUCUUGGCAAAAUCACAAUGCAUGGCGCCGACGAUGCCGCUACGCCUGGACCUCUCAGCGGCAACCCGAUUCAUACAGUCGAUCUGAGGAACCGGCAAGAGACGCUGCACGAGGACUCGGACGAUGACCUUUACGAAUCAACCCCGAAGAGUUCCAAGAAGAAGGAACCGGUGUACAGGUACUAAAUUAGGUAGCGGAAGCUCGAUUUAGGAAGGAGACGAUGUAUCCUCUGCCAUGUUCUGUUGAUCAGCAAAAGCUGGUUUUCUCUGCGCAUAUUGCUUUACAGACUCGUAUGGAGGAAAUUGGGUAUCUUGUGGUGGUUCUCAUCUCACGCAAGGCAGAAGUCUGCGCUCUUGAGGAGCGAACAAAGUUAUCGAUUAUAGGCAUCAGCAAAGCACGGCGUCUGGCUUAUGAGUUUAUCUCUGUGAAAUCAGACUUUUCAUCUUCAGGGAAGUGAUACUGCUCGUCUGUCGUUGCCAUCAACCAAAGAAGGUGACGAUGCAAAGUCACAUAAGGAACUACUUCUAGUGCUGCCGAGAAAGAGGGAAAGUGGGAUCAGAAAAGGGGUGGUUCGCUACCUACCGUUUCCACCAUGGAGUCUGCACCUCGCCUAU